CCAGGGUGCCCUUCCCUAGCGCACCCUGGUCCUGGGGUGCCUGUCCAACCCCCCACCUUCUCCAGGGCACCUGCCCGAGCCCCAUCUCCCCAGGGUGCCUGUCCACCAACCCGCCACCUCCUCCUCCCAGCCCCAUCUUCCCCACGGUGCCUUUCCCUAAUGCCCUCUGCCCCCGGGCUGCCUCCCCAGACGUGCCUGCGCACCCCUCCUGGGGGUGGGCUGCUCCAGCAGCUGCAUCUGCCUGUGGCCUUCAGUUUCCCACGUCCUGCUGGCUGGGUGCUGGGGGAAGCGGCUGUGCUUCAGCAUAUGAAAGAGAAGAGUGAUUAUGGUUUGUGUUGUGCAGGAGGAAGAAUACAGCAUCGAGUCUGAUCAAGAAAUGCUGGCAGAAUGUUGGGCUCUUUGAUAUUUUGCCAUGUGAAUUUGCCCAUGCGAUGUCUUGUUCACGGUGUACACCGCUGGAGGUGGCCUGCCUGUGGACGGAGGAAUGUUGGACAUUUCAGAAAAGGUGUGCACACCACAAGAACACCAUUCAGUGGUAGGGUUACCCCCGUCUUCACUAGAGCUCUGGCUUUUGGUGAUAGAAUUGCCAUCAUUGAUCAAAAUGGAGAGCACACGUACAGGGACCUUUACACUCAAAGUGUCCACUUGUCUCAGCAAAUCUGUGAAGUGCUCAGAUGUUCCAGUGGAGACCUAAAGGAGAAGCGGAUCUCGUUUUUAUGCCCAAAUGAUGCCUCAUAUGUGAUUGCCCAGUGGGCUUCCUGGAUGAGUGGAGGCAUAGCUGUUCCCCUGUACAGGAAAUACCCAGUGCAGGAACUGGAGUAUUUCAUCCAAGACUCCCAGAGUAGUCUAGUCAUUGCCACGGAAGAGUAUAUGAGGGACAUAACCCCUAGUGCUGAGAAACUGGGAAUACCCGUUCUGCCACUUGUUAACUCUGGUAGUGAUGGAUGUAUAAAUGAUAAGAAUUUGGAAGCGUUCCCCUUGGCCAUUGACUGUCCCGAGUGGAAAAAUAGAGGAGCCAUGAUAAUCUACACCAGUGGGACUACAGGAAGACCAAAAGGUGUCCUUAGUACCCAUCAGAAUGUGCAAGCUGUGGUCACAGGGCUGGUUGACAAAUGGGAGUGGACGAAGGACGAUGUUAUCUUGCACGUGCUGCCUUUACACCAUGUCCACGGAGUGAUCAAUAAGUUGCUGUGCCCUCUUUGGGUGGGAGCUACGUGCAUCAUGCUACCCGAGUUCAGCCCUCAGAAGGUUUGGGAGAAGUUCUUAAGCCCCAGAGCUCCACGGAUCAGCGUCUUCAUGGCGGUCCCCACUAUUUACUCCAGGCUGGUGGAGCAUUAUGACAGGCAUUUCUCUCAGCCUCGUGUCCAGGAUUUUGUACGUGCCACGUGCCGGGAUAAUUUCAGGUUAAUGGUUUCAGGAUCGGCAGCCCUUCCCGUGCCAGUCCUGGAGAGGUGGAAGAACAUCACCGGACACACGCUGCUGGAGAGGUACGGGAUGACAGAGAUCGGAAUGGCACUUUCUAACCCCUUGCACGGAGUUCGUGUCCCAGGAUCUGUGGGGACCCCGCUGCCAGGGGUGGAAGUGCGCAUUGCCACGGAGCGCUUGAGCAGGAAAGGUCCUUCCUACACCAUCCACGCUCAAGGAGAUGAACGUGACACAAAGGUGACCCCCGGCUUAGAUGGCAAAGAAGGUGAGCUUUUCGUUAAGGGGCCUACAGUAUUUCGAGAAUACUGGAAUAGACCUGAAGAAACAAAAGAAGCUUUCACACCGGAUGGCUGGUUCAAAACAGGUGCAGACUUCACAGCACAUCCUUCUGUGGGAAAUGGAGGGACUUCAGACACACAAGUAUCAUGGCUGCUCUUGGACCUACAGCUGCUGUCUGCCGGAGACACAGCGGUGUAUAAAGAGGGCACGUACUGGAUCAGGGGCCGCACCUCUGUGGACAUCAUCAAAAGCGGAGGCUAUAAAAUUAGUGCACUAGAAGUCGAGCGCCAUCUGCUAGCACACCCCAGUAUUGCAGAUGUGGCUGUGAUAGGACCUCCAGACAUGAUUUGGGGCCAGCGGGUCAGUGCUGUGGUGAAACUGCAGGAGGGUGAGAUGCUGUCUCUCAAGGACCUGAGGGACUGGGCAAGGGAAUCCAUGGCGUACCACUCUGUCCCCACAGAGCUGCUCCUGGUGGAGGAGAUCCCACGCAAUCAGAUGGGAAAAAUCAACAAGAAACAACUUCUCAAGCACUUCUACCCAACCUAGUGAGGCACCAGGCUGAGAGCAGGGCCGAGAUGGCUCUCCCCCUAGUGCCUGCUGCUUCAAUGGAGUCUCUCUGAGGAGCUUUAAUGCAUCCUAGUGCAAUGGGUUUGCAUGAAAAUGAUACAAAUCAGGUGCUGUCAGUGAUUUCUGUGCUCGUCAUGCUGGGAUUGUCAGUCAAUAAAAUCUGGUUUCAUUCCA